CAUAUUAAAAUUCAUCGCCAGUAACGAAUAAGACCAAAAACUACAUUUCCUUUGACCGUAUGUGGCAGACUCUUUCGUAACGAAUUUCGCGGUCCCCGCUUGCGUGAAAUGCAGUAUCGAAACCUGUUGCCGGUCCUUACCAACCCGAACAGUUUCUCCAUAGUCCCAAAAUAACCGCCCUGCCGCACUGAGGGGGAGAAAAACGCCGGGAAAAGCGAUUCGUUCGAUGAUUGUUUCAUUGUGAAAGAAAAUAUUGAAACAAAAGUAUGGUAUUCGGCGGAAUAUUUGAAACGGGCAGAUAUUUUUGAUUGAGUUUUCAGUAUGUACGGGAUGUUAUUGGAAAGUGUGCAGCAUUUUGUUCAGUUGGAGUAUGGCGAAGAUGUAUGGAAGCUGGCUCUUCAAAUGUCGGAAUGCAAACACACCGUAUUCAGCACCCAUCAAGUUUAUCCAGACACCAUUAUGACGUCUUUAGCAUCCUCUCUAGCCAGCAUUACCUCCAAAUCGUACGAGAGCUUUAUGAUGUUCUUCGGAAAAUGCUUCGUCAGGUUUUUCAGUAACUAUGGAUACGACGCCACUAUAAAAGCAACAGGAAGAUAUUUCGCGGACUUUCUAGACAGCGUGGACAACAUCCAUUCCCAAUUCAGGAUGUCGUAUCCCAAAAUGAAAAGCCCGUCGAUGUAUCUUACUGACGUUGAUGAAAAUGGAGGGGUGCUAGUUUAUCGAAGUCACAGACACGGUCUCACCCACUAUGUAAUGGGUAAGUUUGAACAUGGAAUGAAAAAAUUGAAAGCAGUUACAGUGAUGAAAGGCUUCUUUUCUACUGUAUUGAAUAUAUACUUUCAGAUGUGCAGCAAAAAUCGAGAAACCACCUCCUUCAUCGACAGACACCUACCAGCUUUCUCUUGCGAUUUGCUGCUCGAACUGUUUCCCUUUGCGAUAAUUUUCAACCCGACUCUCACCAUCACAGGAUGCGGGGGAAAACUCGUCGAAGUUGCGGGAGGAAAAGAAAAACUCUUAGGUCAACUCUUCACGAAGUAUUUCAAGCUGAGGAGGCCGAAGGGAAUCAGCUUCACUUGGCAAAAUGCGUUCUACCUGAAAUCCGUGAUGUUCGAAAUAGAAGUCCUCAGAGUUGAGUUGAUAAAGACAAGGAUGGAGGAGAAUAAGGCAGAUGAAAACGGUGAUAACUUGGGAGACGAUUUAAGUAACAGAGAUAUCGAAAUCGAUGGCAAAAGCAUUUCUCCCUAUGCUCUACGUAGAGAAAGCCAGCCAGGUCUGAGAAAUAUUUUGUUGAAGGGACAAAUGAUGUUUCUCGGUGAUAUUAACAGUAUUAUCUUCCUGUGUAGCCCUGUCGUGAACGAUAUAAACGAAUUACCAGACCAAGGACUUUACUUGAAUGAUCUGAAUCCUCAUGGGCUGAGUAAAGAAAUGGUGCUGGCUGGUUGGCAACAUAAUUCAAAGCUUCAGCUGGUGUUCGAUAAGGCCGAACAGAGAGCAACGGAACUGGAGAACAAUCACAGUCUCCUGGAUACAUGGAAACGACGUGGAGAUGACCUACUCUACUCGAUGAUUCCCAAACCAGUGGCAGACCGUUUGAGAGCUGGUAGCAAUCCUCUAAGCACAUGCGAAUCUUUUGAAGCUGUAACCGUCAUGUUUUGCGAGUUGGUUGGCUUCAACUCCACAACAGUAGAAGACGCCAUGGAACUUGUGAGCACUAUGAACGCAGUUUUUUCUUGCUUCGACUCUCUGAUGGACAGAUUCAACGUAUACAAGGUCGAAACAGUUGGACAAAUCUACAUGGCAGUUUGUGGAGCGCCAGACAAGAAUGAUGAUCAUGCUCAAAACAUCGCAGACGUUUCUCUUUGCAUGGUAAAACACGUCAGGCAGUUGAAAAUCCCAUCAGGCACGAAAGUGGAUGUUAGAAUUGGUGUCCAUUCUGGUGCAGUGGUUGCCGGUGUGGUAGGCAUCAAAGUACCUAGGUACUGUUUCUUUGGGGACACAGUUAAUACAGCAUCCAGGAUGCAGUCCACAAGUGAACCUGGUAUGGUACACUUAUCCAAUUCUACAAAGGAACUGCUACCCAAACAGAGAUACAUCGUGAUGAAGAGGGGGACCAUUCAAUUGAAAGGCAAAGGAAACGUGAUUACAUUCUGGUUAUUCGAGAAUAUCUACAAUGACGAUGAAUAUGAAGAGUCGUGAAAAGCGAAUAGUCAUCUAUUUAUGCAUUUCUAUAUGUAUAUUGUUUUAUAUAGUUCUAAGUUGAUGUGUAUACAGGAUUGAGUUUUCAAUAAUAAAGUUCGCUCGCUA